CAACGAGCGGUGUAGUAGCAACAGCCCUGCGCUACAUGGUUCGGUGACACACACGACGAGUGAAACAUAAACCGUACUCGAACCACAACCCUUGGAGUGCCCCUCUUUAAGUGUCCAGUGUUCCACGCAGUGUGUCGACUGACCAGUGUGUUGCAGUGUGUCGAUUAACCAAUUGUUCUAUACGAAUACCGAGAUGCAGGCCCCGGAGUUUAAAGAUUUUGCCAAGGAGAUGGUUGACUACAUUGCCAACUAUCUGGAGAACAUUCGCGAUAGACGUGUUCUGCCGACCGUUCAACCGGGAUAUCUGCGUCCGUUGAUUCCCGACGAAGCUCCUCAGCAGCCGGAAAAAUGGGAAGAUGUUAUGGCCGACGUCGAGCGGGUCAUAAUGCCGGGCGUAACGCACUGGCACAGUCCCAAAUUCCACGCUUACUUCCCCACUGCCAACUCGUAUCCGGCGAUCGUGGCUGAUAUGUUGAGUGGAGCGAUCGCCUGUAUCGGCUUCACGUGGAUUGCCAGUCCCGCCUGUACCGAGUUGGAAGUUGUCAUGCUCGAUUGGUUGGGCAAAAUGCUGGACCUGCCGAAAGAGUUCCUAGCGUGCUCGGGUGGCCAAGGCGGGGGCGUUAUCCAGGGUACGGCCAGUGAGGCCACACUCGUUGCCCUGCUCGGUGCCAAGGCGAAGACGAUGAAGCGCGUUAAGGAGGAGCAUCCCGAUUGGGACGAUCACAAGAUCGUGUCGAAGUUGGUUGGAUACACCUCCAUUCAAUCCCAUUCCUCCGUGGAACGGGCGGGGCUUCUCGGAGGAGUUAAACUGCGCUCUCUACCAUCCGAUGCCGAUCUGAAGCUGCGCGGAGAAACCCUCGAGCGGGCCAUCCAGGAGGAUCUGGACGCCGGGUUGAUCCCAUUCUACGCAGUGGCCACCCUCGGCACGACCAACACGUGCGCAUUCGAUCGACUGGACGAGAUCGGUCCGGUCGGUAAUCGGUACAACGUUUGGGUGCACGUUGAUGCGGCGUACGCCGGCUCGGCUUUCAUCUGCCCGGAGUACCGCUAUCUGAUGAAGGGCGUCGAGACGGCCGACUCCUUCAACUUCAAUCCGCACAAGUGGAUGCUGGUUAACUUCGAUUGUAGCGCCAUGUGGCUGAAGGAACCGUUCUGGGUCGUAAACGCGUUCAACGUGGACCCGCUCUACCUGAAGCACGACAUGCAGGGAUCGGCCCCGGACUACCGCCACUGGCAGAUUCCGCUCGGCCGUCGUUUCCGUGCACUGAAGCUGUGGUUUGUGCUUCGCCUGUACGGUGUCGAUAACCUGCAGGGCCACAUCCGGCGCCACUGUGCGUUCGCCAAGCACUUCGAGGCGCUUUGCCGUGCGGACGAGCGAUUCGAGAUUUUCGGCGAAGUACAGAUGGGCUUGGCGUGCUUCAAGCUGAAGGGGUCGAACGAACUGAACGAGGCGCUGUUGAGGCGCAUUAACGGACGCGGCAACAUUCACCUGGUACCGUCCAAGGUUAACGACGUGUACUUCCUGCGUAUGGCCAUUUGCUCGCGCUUCACCGAAACCUCCGAUAUCGACUACUCGUGGAAGGAAGUGGCAGCCGCGGCCGAUGAGUUGAUGGCCGAGCAGAAACAGUAAACGGAUUCAAGAAGGAAUCGUUGAUUCUCGGCAACCACCGCUACUCGCAUGAUCAUAGACCGUACAUCGUCGCAACCAUCGCAGUUCAUGUAUUUACUGUUUUUUGCCGUUAAGUUUACACUUGUAUGAGGUUAAUUUAUUUAUCAUCAAACGAAUCGGCCGUUCACUGGUUAGUGUUUCGAGACCAACCAACCUACACCGGGACCAGAUGAGGCAAUCGGCUCUGGACGGAAAAUGGAUCCUUCCUCCAAACAAUGGGCUCAAUCGCGUGGCAAUACCAAGCAACCAAUACAAUAAACCGUUUUAUCGUCGUAAGCUUAUGGAUAUCGUGCAAUCGUGUUGAUGUUCGAUGUGUAAAAAACAAUACUGUGAAAGUGGUGAAUAAAAUG